AUGAAAACGAAAAAAACUUGCUUACUUCGAAAUUACGUACUUAGUCGGAAGAAAAAAGAGGAUCACAGUAGAAUGCCAGUCUCUCCGUUCAAACCGUCUCGUCCUUCUAACUCUGUUUGUCCAGGACGUUGGAUGAAACCCAGCGUCAAGAAGAAGACGGAUUCCACAAGAGGUUCAGCUGCUCGGACCACAUUCGGAUUCAUUGUCAAGAGUCAGAGAAGUUUUCCAGGAAUACCGCCUGUCCCUUGUUCCAACCUUUAUCGACUAUGA